GUGCGGGGGCACGGUUGGUGCUAUUUUCACUUGUCCACUCGAAGUCAUUAAGACAAGACUGCAGUCUUCGAAAUUAGCUCUGCGGACAGUCUAUUACCCUCAGGUCCACCUGGGGGCCAUUGAUGGAGCUGGAGUGGUGAGACCAACAUCAGUGACGCCUGGACUUCUACAGGUUCUGAAGUCGAUCUUGGAGAAGGAGGGACCAAAGUCACUUUUUAGAGGCUUGGGUCCAAAUUUGGUUGGAGUUGCACCAUCAAGGGCUGUGUACUUUGCAUGUUACUCCAAAGCCAAAGAGCAGUUCAAUGGCAUUUUCGUGCCUAACAGCAACACUGUGCACAUUUUCUCAGCUGGCUCUGCAGCUUUUGUCACAAAUUCCCUAAUGAAUCCUAUAUGGAUGGUUAAAACCCGGAUGCAGCUAGAACGGAAGGUGCGCGGCUGCAAGCAGAUGAACACGCUCCAGUGCGCGCGCCACGUGUACCAGACGGAAGGCAUUCGUGGCUUCUAUCGGGGAUUAACUGCCUCGUAUGCGGGUAUCUCAGAAACUGUCAUCUGCUUUGCUAUUUAUGAAAGUCUGAAGAAGUAUCUGAAGGACGCGCCAUUCACCCCCUCUGCAAAUGGGACUGAGAAGAAUUCCGCAAGUUUUUUUGGACUCAUGGCAGCUGCUGCUGUGUCUAAGGGAUGUGCCUCUUGUGUCGCCUAUCCUCAUGAAGUGAUCAGGACGCGGCUGCGGGAGGAGGGCACCAAGUACAAGUCUUUUGUCCAGACCGCUCGGCUGGUCUUCCGGGAAGAAGGCUACCUUGCCUUCUAUAGAGGACUCUUUGCCCAGCUCAUCCGGCAGAUCCCAAACACGGCCAUUGUGCUGUCCACCUAUGAGCUAAUUGUGUACCUGUUGGAAGACCGUCCUCAGUAACAGGCCUGAAAAUUGUGCUCCAGAAGAAUAAAACUGAAAAACUCGAUACAGAAUUUUUUUUUCCCAUUGAUGUUUAGAAUGUUCGAGGCCGAUACAGGAAAGGCCAUAAAACAUGUGGCUCAGACACCUGUUGGACAUUUCCUUUUGGAUUCAUGUUUUCUGGAAGGUUUAAUUCAUUAACGUUAAUAGUUAAUUUUAACUUUUGUUGUUUUUUUAAUUUAAGAGGAUUCAGGAUUAAGCAGCAAGUAAAUUAAAUCAUGCUAUUUAAUUUAAGUAUAA